CCUCUUCCCAUUGUUUCAGCAGCGUUGGGCUUUGCGCAGGGACUCCAACGCCUUUGCCGAAAAAUAAGCGCAUCUUUUCAUCACUGAACUGUAAUCGGCCUCCGUGUCUUGUGUCCAGUACAUUCCAUCAGCCAAGUCUUUGAAAUCGUCUCUCCCUCCUGUCUCACUGCUUUCCGCUGUACAUAUAUCAUGUUUGCGCCGUCGUCAUUGCGAACCACUAGAACACUACUUACAUCUGCGCGACUGCGAACAGCUUCCAUCAACCCCACAUCGAACGCAAACCUCUACCGACCGCUCCUCACCCCAUCCUUCUUUUCCAAUACAGCCAGAAUGAGUGAGUCCAAGGGUGUACACAACCUCCAGACCAAGUCGGCAUUCGACGAGGCGCUGAAAGAUAAAGAGACUCUUAUGGUCCUCGACUGCUUUGCUACUUGGUGUGGUCCCUGCAAAGUCAUCGCUCCCCAGGUUGUCAAGUUCUCAGAGAAGUACCCUAACGCACGCUUCUUCAAGAUCGACGUCGACGAAGUUCCCGACGUCGCGCAAGAACUCGGCAUCCGUGCCAUGCCCACCUUCCUACUUUUCAAGGGCGGCGACAAGGUCGCCGAGGUUGUGGGCGCCAACCCCAAGGCCCUCGAGGCCGCUAUCCAGGCCAACCUCGAGACCUAGAGUGCGCGCGACCACCAUAAAUAAUAUCCUUUGGCAUACUGGCAUAGGCCUGGGUAUUUAGAGAGACGGGUGUUGGGAGGAGUCGACAGACACUACUACGGCUAAUCGCUCUGGCACGAUUGGUGGGGGGAAACGAGUACUUGUGAAUCUGGAUAUCAUGACCCCUAUCUUGAAAUGAUACAAACGGUUGUAGACCAUUUUCAGUGCACAUCAGCUGUGCUUCCUAUUUUGUUCCAGCUCGUAGAGUGUGCUGAUCACGGCUGUUUGGCUUACAAAUGCGCACUUUCGAGCCCGGCGAGAACCGGCGUCUCAAUCUGAAUCCCUAGUCCCUAGAAAACAAUGAAGCCAUCACAAUGCAGUUUGGUCUCAC